AGAAUUGUAAUUGUGAUAGAAAUUGAAAAGAAAUCAAGUUAAUCACAAUCACCACCAAAAUCUACAUCAACAUCUCCCUUUUGAGUUGUUCCUUUUUCACUCUAACGAACUCGCCGUUAAUUACAUUCAGUGUUUCACUUAAUUCUGUUUAUAUCAUGGUGACGAUGGUUAAUCAUUCCCCGAGUAUUCUUGUUACAAUUAACUCGCCAGCAUCACAAUUAAAACCAUUACAUCAACAUUAUCACCACAUGAACCUUUAGAUUUAUCUAUUCUUUCAUUUUCUCUCUCCCUUUAUUUUGCUUUCUUUUUUUUACUAUUUUUUGUUUCUCUCUCUCUCUUCAUCAUCAUCAUCAUCUUGCUGUUGUUUUCUUGUUUAUCUUCUUUCACUCUCUCUCAUUCACUCAUUUUCUCUCUCUCAUUCUCAUUCUCAUUCUCAUUCUCCUUUUCUAUCUCUAUCUCUCUCUCUCUCUCUCUGCCUACAGUUUCUUUCUUCCUCCAUUUACAAUAUAAAUUUUUUCUUUUUUCGCCCAAAGAGAAUUUCAUUUUUUUCUAUCUUCCAAUUCAACCUCUUUCUCUCUAUCUCUCUGUUUCUCUCUUCUUCAUCAUUUAUCUAAAAUUUUUCUGCUCAUCAUUUUGUGCUACUCACUUUUCACUCUAUCCUAACAAUUAGAAUCACUUUUUUUAUACCUCCAACAUAAAAUUGAAUUGACUCAUUUUCUAUUUGACUAUAUGGUGAUCUCUUCUACCUCUGACCUACGACAUGUUCAUUUAAUAUGUUCCAUCUUGGUACAAUCUAUUUUCUUGGUCAAUCAUCUCCAAUGACGGUUUUAGUUUUAUCUUAAUGGUGUUUGGUUAAUGUUUAAAGAAAUCACUUCUCACUGUAACAUCAACACAUCUAAAUAGGAUAGUGAGAGAGAGAGAAAGCAAUUAUUUCCUACCAACUGCAACACCCAUCACCAUUCAAAGUAUAUAUACACACAAGGACAGGAAAGAAACUUCAUCAACAACAGCAAAAAAAAAUUCUAAUCACGGUGACUAUUAACAAAACAAUCAACAACAGCAACUUAAACCAAAGAUUAUCAACCUUGAUUCUUUUACCAGUUGACUUUUAUAACUUCACUUGUUUCUUGAUUCGCUAUUUUUAACCCAACAAAAUUGGAGACCAGAGGAAAGGAUUAGAUACUAUUUGAAAUGCAACGUCUUCGUCGGGCAUCUUUGAGAAAUUCACUUCUCAAUAGUUCCAAUAACAGUGAACAAAGAAACACAUUCAAAUCUUAUGUUAACCAUUUCAAGGAAGAUGAGGACGAUAAUGAAAGUGAAACAGUUUCCACCGUGGAGACAACGGUUAACCGUAAACCUGGAAGGAAUCAACCACGAUUACCUGAAGCACCACAACCUACUUUUAAGGGUUAUCUUGAUGAUAAAAGUUUCACCACACCAAUUGACGACCGAGAUGGCCCAGGGGCAAGUGGAACCACCAAUGUAUCAAAAAGUUUCAUCGCUUCAUCAGCUGCUACUUUAAGUAGAUUAGCUUUAUCACCAUCGACAAAAUCAUCUUUCACUUUACCCUCUGAUGAUGAUGGUAUUGAUUUAAAUUCUAUGGGACCAUCUAGAUCUCGAUCAUUUAAUUGUUGGACUGAUUUUAGAGAUAAUGAAGCAAUCAUAGCCAAACCUGUUGAUUCAGUGAAAAGAUAUAAUCUUCAAAUUAAACGUUCAAAAGGAACCAUUGGUCAACUGCUUCUCAGUAAUCGUCGCCUUAAAUUCAUUGAUUAUCAUCACGAAAUUCAACUUGGCCUGGAAAGGAGGAAAUCAGUUAAUGAAACAUCAUUUGAUUCAAUCUCAUCUGUCAAUGUACCAACAACAAUAACAACAACAACAACAAUCGCAACAACCACAUUUACAACAUUAAAUGAUUCACCUUCCAUCACCAAUAAUUCACCCAAUACAAACAACACCAAUUUCAGUGGUGGUUACAAUUCAAGUACUUUAAUUAGUAGUAGUAGUACUGGUCUAUCAUCGGGUAAAAGUAGCUUAUCAUCAUUACGUUUACCACCGUUUGAUAUUCAUCCCGUUUCCGAGGAGAAUCGUGAAAUUCAUGAGCAAGACAUUGAUCUGAUGAAUAUUUAUCAAGUUCGUAUUGAACAGGAAGGUCAAGAUACCCAUUUAACGGUUUUCUGUAACGAUUUUCGCAGUAUUGAGUUCCAAAUGAAAAACAAUGAUCUAGUCAAAAAUUUGGUCGACAAAUUGGAACAACUAAUCACCGUAUUAAGAGCCUCAACCGUGGUACCUGCUAGUCCAUUUAAUGUACGAAAUCAGCCCGAAAGUGCCUUACUUUGGACAUUACUGGCCAGUCAAUACUCUUACCAAUUACCACAAGAUUGGAAUCACCAUGAGGGCUAUUGGUUAGCACAGAAUGAAAAUCUUCGUAUUGCCCAUUGCAAUGAGAAUCACAAUAUGUGCCCUUCCCUUCCGGUUUCUUUUAUAUCCUUAAGCCAAUAUCUUUCCGAUAUUACAUUAAUUCAUAGUUUAUCACCUCAUCUAAAUGGUAACCGUGUUCCCGUUAUUACCUAUUGUCACAAAUUUCGAGUCAAAGAAUCGGCUCGGAAUAAUUUGCUUCUACGAAGCUCAUCGUUUAAAAUGGAUGUUACCAAUAUCCUUUAUAAUGCCAUUAGACCUUUAAACAUUGUUGAAGUUAACAAUCUACUUCCACCAUUAACCAAAUUAGAAUCAGCAUAUUACAAUCUUCGUAAAUCAUGUUGUUUCUAUGCAGAUAAAUUUCCCCAUUUUCUUUCCCAAACCGGUAAAUGGCUUAAAAUUGUCUCCCGAGUACUUUCAGUUGUUAAAGAAAUGUCAACAAUUAUAUCAGAAGAAUCAUCUUUAUUAAUUGUCGAGGAAAAUGAUGAUCAUUACAAUCCCAUUAUUUCCGCUCUUCUCCAAAUAGUAUUAGAUCCUAAACGUCGAUCAAUAUCCGGUUUCGAAAGCUUAAUUAGUAAAGAAUUUCUCUUUCUCAAUGGAAUGGUACAUAAUUCAAUCAUCCGAUCUCCAGAUAUCGUUUUAUUUACUUUAUUCCUUGACGCAGUUUGGCAAUUAAUCUGUCAGAAUCCAUAUCAUUUUGAGUUCUCAUCACUUUAUUUGAUUCGUUUAUAUGAUCUUCAAACAAUUCCCUCUCGAAAAGAUGAACCAAGCAAACUGGAAACGGAAGAAGACAAUUUCCAACCAACGGGUGACACAAAUUCAUCAACAUUCACACCAACAGGAAAUCAAUAUAAUCCCUUAUGUUCAACGUCCAUUGUUUCAUCAAUCGCUGUGGCUCCAAGUAAAUUUAAACCAAUUAACACUCCGCCGCAUCAUACUGGCUUCAAUACACCUUCAAAUAAAUCAGCUUACCAUUCACGGAAUCCAUCUAAUGCCAGUGUCGGCUCAAUUCAAGCUCAACAGCCCAUUUUGACAGCCGAAAAUGUUGAACUGUUAAGUUACAAUCAAUUAAUGUUCAUUUACAAUCCACUUUACUUUUCAACUGAGAAAAGUUUUCACCUUGAAGGUGAAACUGUUGAUCCAUUGAGAAUCAUGAGGAUAACCAGUGAUCUAUUUCUGCUUAAAUUGUGGAGGCCACUUUUCCUUAGAUGGCACCCGUUGGAAAACCACCGACAAUAUUACAACUACUUCUCUGUACCCGAAUUUGUUUAUUUUGAUUUUCUGUUAAACAAAUUAGACUCGAAAUCUGAUUGGAAAAGUGAAGAUGAAGUGAAAGAAAGUUAUUUAUAAGAAUUUUUUGUUUGUAUAAAAUCACAAAUGAAUUAUUGAGAAAACAUUUUGAAAUUAUUGAUUAUUUUUUGCCACACUCUCUCAUUUAAUUGAGAAUUUACGAAAAUAAAUUGAAUAAGGUGUUAGAUUGUCAAAUGAA